AGUCAUAGUGCGACGCAAAUUAAUGAUGAUCCUGUCGCUAUUAAAUCCUACUGUUUUGAUGAUUGUACUAAGUUUUCGCAGCUUUGAAGCCAAUGCGAGGACACCACUAAGUACCAUUUUCACAGAGAACUACCCUCACCAUGUUAGUGACGGGGAAGAUCCUGGAAAACCACUCUUUCUGACUCCUUAUCUUGAAGCUGGAAAAAUAGAAGAAGCUCGUAAUCUUAGUUUAGCAGGCAAGUUAGCAGGUGCUGAAGGCACUGAUAGUUACACAGGUUUUCUCACUGUCAACAAGAAGUACAAUAGCAAUAUGUUUUUUUGGUUUGUACCAGCCAAGGUUGAUUCAAAGAAUGCUCCUGUUUUGCUGUGGUUGCAAGGUGGCCCUGGUGGCUCUUCACUCUUUGGCUUGUUUGUUGAGAAUGGACCAUUUAAAAUAUCAAAAGACUUCAAAUUGAGUAUGAGACCUGUCACCUGGCAGACAAAGUAUUCUAUGCUGUAUAUAGAUAACCCUGUUGGCACUGGGUUUAGUUUCACUGAUAACGACAGUGGGUACGCUAGAAACGAAACUGAUGUUGCUAACGAUUUGUACAGUGCUUUAACCCAGUUCUUUCAGAUUUACUAUGAAUAUCAAGACAAUGAAUUCUAUGCAACUGGAGAGUCUUAUGCAGGUAAAUAUGUUCCUGCAAUAUGUUAUAAAAUCCAUAUAGAAAAUCCAUAUUCCAGAUUCAGGAUCAAUUUGAAAGGAAUGGCCAUUGGGGAUGGACUCAUAGAUCCAGAGAAUAUGUUCCCUGCCUAUGGCGAUGCUAUUUUCAAUAUUGGUCAAAUUGAUGAGAUUCAGAGAGAUCAUUUUAAUAAUCAGACCAACAUUGCCAGCAAAUACAUACAAGAUGAACAGUGGACGAAGUGUUUUAUGAUAUUUGAUGUGUUAUUAAAUGGAGAUGUAAGCAAACAACCAUCAUAUUAUUACAAUGCCAGUGGAGUACAUGAUUACUACAACUUUCUCAGAACUGAAGCUCCCAAGGAGUUUGGUUAUUAUAAUACCUAUCUAUCCAUGGGUGGUGUACGUAAAGCAAUUCAUGUGGGUAAUCUGACUUACAAUGACGGUAGCAAAGUGGAACAGAACUUAAUUGAAGACAUAUGUAAAUCAGUCAAACCAUGGCUUAUAGAAUUAUUGAACAGUGACUAUAAGGUGCUGCUCUAUAGUGGACAACUGGACAUUAUUGUCUCUGCUCCAUUGACAGAGCGUUUUCUAUGGAUGUUACCAUGGAAACAUCUGUCGGAUUACCAGAAAGCUGAUCGCAAAGUGUGGAAAGUACAGAAAACAGACACAGAAGUGGCUGGAUAUGUCAGGGCUGUUGGUCCUGGAAAUGGCAAUUUUUUCCAGGUGAUUGUACGAGGAGCUGGUCACUUGGCACCGUUUGACCAACCAGAAAGAGUCUUGAAUAUGCUGAACAGAUUUAUUGAAGGAAACUCAUGGAAAUAAAUAAGCUUAAUAAUUAUGAGUCUCAGUAAUUUAAAAUUAUGUUCAACAAAGUAUUUGCUUAUGCACCAGUCAUUGUCGAAAGUGUUAGCCAUGUAAACCUGAGUUAUGGGAUUUGAAUGCCACAUUUUAUACUGAAAAUAAGUUAGAUUCACAAGAAUAA